AUGUCCAAGUGCGAGAGAAAGGACUACAUCAAGGCGGUCCAGUGCCUCUGGCGCCUCCCCACCCGCGCCCCCGAAUUCUCGGCCGCCCAGAACUACUUCGACGACUUCGUCGCCAUCCACCUCAGCCUGACCGACUUCAUCCACGGCACCGGCAACUUCCUCACCUGGCACAGGUACCUCAUGUUCCUCUGGGAGGAGACCCUCCGCAACGACUGCGGCUACAAGGGCGCCCUGCCCUACUGGAACUGGUUCAAGUACCAGGACAACCUGGCAGCGUCGCCCGUCUUCGAUGGCAGCGACACCAGCUUGGGCGGAGAUGGCGAGUACUUUGCCCACAACGGCAGUCUCGUUGGCGGAGGACGUGUCUGGCUCCCCUCCGGCGAGGGCGGUGGUUGCGUCAAGAGCGGCCCGUUCAAGGACUUCACCAUCAACCUCGGCCCUAUCCGCCCUGCCAUGGACGGCUACCUGCCCCUGAUGACCAACCAACUCGACUAUAACCCCCGGUGCCAACGCCGCGACCUCACCAACGCCGCUUCGGCAUACUUCACUGCUGAGAGCCUCUACGAUAUCCUCAUGGGCGACCACUCGGCAACCAUCGCCGCCUUCCAGGAUGAGCUACAGGGUCCCCAGGGAACCCUUCGCCUGCACGGCGCCGGCCAUUACUCCAUGGGCGGAGACGGCUCCGACGUCUUCACCUCGCUCAACGACCCCGCCUUCUACCAGCACCACGCCAUGAUCGACCGCGUCUACUGGAUCUGGCAGGUCCUCCACCCCAGGGAAGCCGACACCAUUGCCGGCACCCGCACCUUCCGCAACAUGCCCCCGAGCCCCGACGCCACCGUCGAUGAUAUCCUCGACAUGGGCGUGCUCGGCCCCCACCUGCCCAUCAAGUCCAUGUUCGACACUCUCAGCGGCGAGCCCCUGUGCUAUAUUUACGUCUAG